GUCCAUGAAACUGUAGAAGUUUUUAAAACUCCUAUAAAUAGAGAGGGGCAUGAAUGCCCAACCAACAUACAAAUUUAAGAACCCAAAAGACAAACAAAAACCCCUCUUUCAAGGCCAUCCUUAUAAGAUUCUUCUCUACCUAGAGCUUUAACUUUUGCUUUACAGAAAAAGGAGAACAAACAAAGAUGAAGCAAAUUGAGGACCAGAAGUUCCAAACUGUUUGCAAAUUCAACAAGUUCCAGUUCUUGAAAAGGACUUUGCUGUUUGUCUUCUCAGUCUCUCUAAUUACUUUGUUUAUUUGCUAUAAUUCAGGCUUCUGCUUCUUUCCUUAUUUCUACAAUGUCUACUUCUCCACAUUCUUUUUCUCCCUAUUCACCCACUCAAUUGAAAGGAAGUACAUGUUUCUCAUUUGUAAUGGAAUACUUGCUAUUCUAGCCAAAAGCGCAGUUUCUUGCAGCUCUUCAUGUACUGGGAAUGAUAUUAGAUCACUGGAGAAUGUUGCCCUUGUAGCUAAGAGAGAAGAAGUAGCUGAAGCUGAAAGAUUAGAAGAACAAGAAGAUGGGUCUUCAAAUACAGAGAAAGAAGAAAGAGAGAGUGAAGCUUUUCCUGCAGAAGAUGAAGGGAUAGAGGAAGAAGAGAAUGGGGUUGUGUUGAGGACAGAUGGUGAAGAAGAACUUGCAGCGGCUGCAGUAAAUGAAGAAUUUCCUAGUACAGAUGAAUUAAACAAAAAAUUUGAAGAAUUCAUAAGGAAAAUGAAGGAAGAAAUCAGGAUUGGAGCUCAACAACAACUAAUUGCAGUCUGAUAUAUAUAUAUAUAUAUAUAUAGAGAGAGAGAGAGAGAGAGAGAGAGAGAAAGAGAAAGAGAGAUAUGUAUCAUACUGCCAAAAUGAUUUGGUCACUUUCAAAAUCACUUGGUUCUCUCCUAUAUAUGUCUAGUCCUUUUUCAAUGUCAUUGGCAUAUAGCUUUGGUUUCUUUUAAGAUGCCUAUAAGCUCUAAUGGUUUUUUUUUUUCAAGCCCUUUUUCAUAUUAUGUAUGCAUGCAGAGCUUUGCUUCUUGUUAAGUUCUCCUUUGUUGUAAUGUAACUUAGGCUUGUAAAACGCCAUGAGUCUGAAUAAAUUAUGCUACUUUCUUCU